UAAUACUUUAUCUAUAAAAUGUAUUAUUAAUCUAGAGCCAGUUCCUCCUUUCAUAUUAAAAAGACUAAAGAUGCCUAAGCACUUUAAUUACCGAGGCAAAAAAAAGUCUGGUCUUAAACGUGUUUGGACAGCGUGUGGGAUUGAUGUCUGCUAGUUGGACUGACACAAACUGAGUUUAGAGUAAUGGGGGAGAAUUAUAUAAUAUAACACUACAUGCAACAAUAUUAGUAAUAGUUGUAUCUUAAUUGGCAAUAGUAAGUUGGGGCUUGCUAGGCAGCACGGUGAGUUAGUGGUUAUCCCAAAGGCCUCACAGUUUGGGGUUUGGAUCGCUGCGUUGGCCUUUCUGCAUGUUUGCAUGUUCCUGUACUUGUGUGGGUCAGCUGGGUCAGACUCCAGCUCACCCGUGGCCCUAUCAGGAUGGAUGGAUUUUGGUCUACUAUCAUCAUCAUUUAACUUCUAUUGCUACGUUUCAUAAUGUUAAAUGUGGUGAUACUGUUGAGUUCUGUGGUAUUGUUGUCUGCAGUUCUGGAAACAGAAGCACCCACUACAGCUCCAGGAUGGCCGGAGUGAAUGGAGACCGUAAAGGGAAGAAAGAUGACAAUGGCAUCGGCACGGCCAUCGAUUUCAUGCUUUCCAAUGCUAAGCUUGUUUUGGGUGUCGGCGGAGCAGCCAUGCUUGGCAUUGCAACGCUUGCUGUCAAAAGAAUGUAUGACCGUGCCAUCAGUGCUCCAACCAGCCCCACCAAGAUGGAGCAGAAAGGAAAACAAAGCUGGGAAGAGCCCGCCUGGGUGGGUUCGUCACCUCGAUUACUGAACCACGACAUGAAGGCCACCGUUAGCAGGUCACUCCAGUCCCUGCCCACUGCUUCAAAUUCAUUUGAACCAGACAUCCAAUUUGGAGGAUUCUUGCCAUUUGUUCACAACUAUCUGCGGAGGGCAGUGGGUCGAGCUGCAGUGAAAGGGAGUGGCCCGACUCAGUCCGACCUGCUCCGUGCUCGGAUGCGCCUCUCCCUGCAGGAGCGUCUGUGGGAUUUCUACCAAAACAAUGUGGACAUUCCCUCCGAGGAGCAGGCUGUGGCCCGGAGGGCAGCGCUGGACAUCUGCGCCGAGCUCAGAGUGUUCCUGCACGCCAAACUUCCCGACAUGCCGCUCCGAGAGAUGUACCUGAGCGGCAGCCUCUACGAUGACUUGCAGGUGGUGAUGGCUGACCACGCCCAGCUGAUGGUGCCUCUCAUUCUGGAGAAGAACCUGUGGUCAUCCAUUCCAGGGGAGGACACAAUCAUGAACGUUCCAGGUUUCUGGCUGGUCCGCAGAGAGAACUUAGAAUAUUUCCCACGGAACAGCAGCUACUGGGACCGCUGCAUGGUGGGGGGUUACCUCUCCCCUAAAUCAGUCCUGGAAGUGUUUGACAAGCUGGUUGGUUCUAUUAACUGGCCUGCUAUUGGCAGCGUGCUGGACUAUGUGAUUCGUCCUGUGGUCCCCUCAGAAACACUGACCCUGGAGGUGCAGUACGAGACGGACCGAAAGCUUUAUGUGGACUUUUUGCCAUUACUUGUGAUGGAGGAUGGGACAUCUCUUAUAGCCAAACCGCAUCGGCUUGCCGCAGAGCGCCACGAAAACCUGUGGAGGCAGAGCUUCCGAGUGGCUGAAACUGCACGACUUAGGGCCUUGGAUCAAGAAGAUGGAGGCUAUCGAUGCGCUUGCCUCAAGGUGGCCAAGGCUGUGUGCAAACUCAAUCCUGCCCUCAACCGGCUUAAUGCCAGCCAGCUCACCAACACCAUCUUGCUGCUAAGCGAAAAACGUGACUGGACCCACGAGGCACUGGCGGACAACUUCCUACAGCUGCUAAAGGCGUUAGUGGGAUACCUGGAGGAGGGGCAACUGCCCUGCGCCCUUAACCCAAAAGUUAACUUAUUCUGUGAACUGACUGAGCAGGAAGUGGAUGAGCUGGGCUACACACUCUACUGUGCGCUUUCGGAACCUGAAUCUCUUCUGAUGACUGCGGCAACACAGCUUCCGCAUCCCUCCUAAAUAAUUGGUACAUAUGUGGCACGCACUCAGUAGCUCUUCAGGCAAUGUUGACCUGCAGGCAUCAUUUUCAGGAGAAAUAAAACACCUGAUACCAACAUCUGAGAAUUUUGUCCAGUGGCAUUCACUUGGUCUUGAGCUCGAUUGACUCUUGUGUUCCAUGUAUAGUUUUAAUCUCAGAUGUCUAUGUCAAGCCCAAACGUGAUGGUGUCUUGUACUGUUGCCAUUGUAUUAAUGAAGUUGGUGUAUGUUUCAUGCAUCAUCUUGAAAAGGUAAAACUUUAAUUGUAAUAUACGAUAUGUUACUCUGCAUCAGAUUGUAGCACUUUUAAACUGAUUGGACAGUUUUAGGUUGUCUGACAAGUCUCAUGCAUUUUAUGAUUGAGGAUCUGUGACGCUGUGUCGAAACAUAGAAUGUAAUGUUGAUAUUAUGUCAACACAAAAGCUGAUAAAUAAACUGAUUCACCAAAAAGACUCAAGGUUCCUCAGUUAGAGAAAAUUUAGUUUUAAUUUUGUCAUAUUUAAAUGUGGACAAAAGCAUUUGAAAGAAUACUUUAUUAAUAUGGUGGCCUCUUAGAAGACUAAUUAUAACAUGUUUCCAACCAGUGAGUGUCAGGUGAUUGCAAUAUGCAUCCUAAAAUGUCAGCCCUUAACCACUGAUUGGCCACGUUCUCAUUAAGUCAGAAUAAAACACAGCAGCGCAUCGUUUUACAUCACUCAACUACUUUGUCAAGAGCAGAAAUUAUUCCCUUGUGACUGCCUGUGUGUGUACGGAGCUGCUCUUUGUUUCACUCUUAUGAACAGAACAUUUCUUCUCCGCUUUUUCUACAGCAGCUGAUUGGUGCAUAUAUUUUUUUAAUAGCUUACUGGGGUGUUGCAUAACUUCGGGACUGAUGUUGUCCAUGUGAGGACAGUCACAGUUUGUUUAAGAAGUGCGUGUAUUACCUGGUUUUUGCUUGUUGAUGUGAAACAGAUCUGACACAUUAAGUGGUAGCCAUCAUUUUGAGUAACAGUCAUGGAGAGGGGGGAAAAAGCAUUAGACCACCCUUGUUUCUUCAAUCUCUUGUUCAUUUUAAUGCCUGGUACCACUAAUGGUAUAUUACCUGAAUAAUACAAUCAAUAUGACAAAAUGCAGCUGAUUCCAUAACACUUUGUCCUAUUUGACAUGCUUGAGCUUAGUUGUAUUCCCAGUGAUUUUUGGUUAUCAAUAAAACCAUGGAAAAUAGCUAAAUAUCAGCUCUUCAACUCUUAUGAGCAAUUUAUUAUUGUAAUAUUUGUCCAAACAAAUGCAGCGCUAGUGGUAGCAGGCAUUAGAAAUUAACACGAAACUAAAGAAACAAGAGUGGCCUAAUAAUUUUUCCCAUGGCUGUAGGUUAUACACACACAUGCUGUCUUAAGUGUGUUGUAUGUCAUUUCUUUUGGCUAAAAGCAAACUUUUCAGCUGUUGUCCUACAGAAAUGGACAUUUAUUUGUUCCUAACACAAGUGUAAAUGUAUGGUACUUCUUGCCACACCUCACUUGCUCAUCCAUGGUGCAUUAGUUUGACCCUAAUUAACUUACAGUGCAAGUUUAUCCGAGGUCACAGGUGCUGAGUAACAGCAGCCACCAGAAAACCAAGUUCAAAUAUUUGGCUGAAAAACAAGUGCAUGAUACUGAUUUUUGCUGUCACAUGUAGCCUUAGGCUGAAGAACCGGUGAUGUGAAGAGCACUUUUAUCGAGGGAUUCAGUUCCUUUACGCAUUCAGUUCAAAAUAUAUGAAAUCAUGGAAAAGCAGGUACAUAUUUUUGUAUUGUACAUUUGUAACCAAAGUGAUUACUGGAAAUGACUCAAGUACCUGUGUGUAUUAUUUAGUGCUUUGUGUUGGAUUUACUGACAAUCUUAAUAGGUCUUUGUGUGCAUGUUAAGUCUUCCUUCACAACUUAGUUUGUUAAAAAUGUCUACUGUGAGGGGGAGAGACUGUGCCAUGUUUGUUCUGUUUCUGAAAAUCAAAACCUAAAGUAGAUUUCUACCUCUACCUUGUGGGGUUCACAUUAGCCAUAUGCGAUCUUGCAUGCUGUGCUUUAUCCCCAGCUUUGUUUUAUUUUUAGUACAGCUCUGUAACUGAGCAGUGCAUCACUUUGGAAAUAUAUAAAU